CGCGCAAAAUUAUGCGCAAUGCAGCAUGCAAACAGGAGUUUGUUGUUUACGCCAUUUGUGGCAAUCGUAGUAUUGUGUUAUCUUUCUUUAUCGCAGUGAUAUAAUUGUCAUCCGUAUGUGUUUCUUGUAACGUGAGCACCUAGGAUUAUUACUAUGUCUGCGAAUAAUACAAAAAUAUCAACGACGGAACGGGUCGUGAAAAGUGUUCCCUUCCCCCCUAGUCACAAGUUGACCAUCAGUGAGGUGUUUGAUGGCAAAACAGGGAAGCCUCGGAUAGACACCCUGAAACAGCACUUUGUGCUGGAAGGCCGGAUCGAGGAAGCAGCUGCCCUUCGCAUCAUUAAUGAAGGUGCAGCACUUCUUCGCCAGGAGAAGACCAUGAUUGAUAUCGAAGCACCUGUCACAGUGUGUGGGGACAUCCAUGGCCAAUUCUAUGACCUGAUGAAGUUAUUUGAAGUGGGAGGGCCGCCAGCAACCACCAAGUACCUCUUUCUUGGGGACUAUGUGGACCGGGGGUACUUUAGCAUAGAGUGUGUACUAUACCUUUGGGCACUAAAAAUUUGCUAUUCAACAACACUGUUUCUACUAAGAGGAAAUCACGAGUGUAGGCACUUAACAGAAUACUUCACAUUUAAAACAGAAUGUAAAAUAAAGUACUCGGAGCGAGUGUACGAUGCAUGCAUGGAAGCAUUCGACUGCCUCCCUUUGGCAGCCCUCAUGAAUCAGCAAUUCCUCUGUGUCCACGGUGGCCUUUCUCCCGAGGUUCACACGCUCGACGAUAUAAAGAAGCUGGAUAGGUUCAAGGAGCCUCCAGCGUUUGGUCCCAUGUGUGACCUGCUGUGGUCCGACCCACUCGAAGACUUCGGCAAUGAGAAGAACGCAGAGCAUUUUAGUCAUAAUAGCGUUCGUGGUUGCUCAUACUUUUACAGCUAUGCAGCAUGUUGUGAAUUCCUGCAACACAACAACCUCCUGUCCAUCAUUCGUGCCCAUGAAGCCCAAGAUGCUGGGUACCGAAUGUACAGGAAGAGUCAAACAACCGGAUUUCCGUCACUUAUCACCAUAUUCUCUGCACCGAACUACCUUGACGUCUACAAUAAUAAGGCGGCGGUACUAAAGUACGAGAACAACGUGAUGAAUAUACGUCAGUUCAACUGCUCACCCCAUCCAUACUGGCUGCCCAACUUCAUGGAUGUCUUCACCUGGUCCCUUCCUUUUGUUGGUGAGAAAGUGACGGAAAUGCUCGUCAACGUCUUGAACAUCUGCUCGGAUGAUGAGUUGAUGUCCGAGGGCGAUGACACCUUUGAAGCCUAUUCACUGUCCUUAGGUCUGUCCUCAGGAGCUGAACUGGAGGAUAGUUAUCGAAAUACCAACAGUCUCCUAUGGAAGCAACUGACAAGAACAGUUAUGUGUAAGACAGUUUUAUUCUGGCUCGUUGCUGCCGCUUGCAUGGGUGUGGUUACUUUUUUUUUUUUAAUGCUUGCGGAAAUUUUUCAGCCACACUUAAGAGGGAUUUUGAGUAGACGUUAGGCUUUAAACCCGAAUUUAGCUUCCUUUUUGUUUGCCAAGUAGAUAUUCUUUGCGCAGCAGUAGUUCUCAUAUGUCCGCAACUGUACGUACAUGUGAUAGGUGUUAUCUUCUGAUUAGAUUGCAUAGAUGUAGGAUAGCUGGUGGUUAAACUCCAUACUGUAAAAAGCCUGAGUGUUGGCAGACGAAAAAUGCGACAGAACACAGAUGACUCAAUGUCGUCUGUAUUGUGUUGUAUUUUUUGCGUAGCUUUUUUUUUUGCUUUCUAUAGUGUGGAGUUCCCUUCUAUUUUUUUCAUUUUAGUUCAAAAGCUUUGAUGUGGAAUGGAGCAUCAAGUUUGUAACAAGAGACAAUGGUGUUUACUCUUUUCAAAAGGAAAACAAAAAAUGUUGAUUUGUUUUUUUUUUAAAUGCCUCUGCAUAAUAGGGGGCUUUCUCACCUUGAGGAAAAUAGGAGGGUAAGAUGUUGUAUACAUGUAGUGUGGACCGCUUGUUGUCAGUUGCUUUCAAGGGGGGCGAUUGAAUGGCCUUCCCUUUCCACUUCCGACUUUCCUUUUUACGAAUUGUAUCUGCUAUUCUACUUGAUGAAUACUUUAACUGUGUAUUCACACUAGCGACGUUCGCUGGAAUACUCCAGUGGAAGAUGCACAAGAUGUCAUAGCUUGCCAUGUGAGCACAAGCGACUGUGUUUUUCUUUGGGGGGGGACUGCUUUUUCCUUGUUUUGGAACAAGACGGAAGUUGCUGGUAUCAGGAAUAAAGUGUUCUAUUUGUUCUUGCCGCUAUACCGUAUCAGCACACAACGUCAUGUCUUCUCAUGCUCUUCUACUCAUGGGGAAUGUUCUGCGGCUUAGCCACAGGACAUUCUGUAGCAGUCGACAGGGCCAAUGGUGUCGUCUGCUACGUGUACAGUGCGCUACUCAGAUAUUCCAGCGCCAGGCGAAUACUCAACACAAGACGCGGCGGAACUUCCACCUGAUGGGUUCUUUUUCUUUUUUUCUUCUUUUUGUUCCACCAGUAUAUUCCAUGGGGACGUCGCUUGUGUGAAUACGUGGUAUAAUUGUAUCUCCUCCGGGGAUGCAGAGACGAGGUGUGGCAGCCUUUACCACAGAGAACUUGUCUUAUACAUUUUGUCACGUGUCUAAAUUAUUUUCUCGCGUAAAUAUGAUACUUCGAUUUCCAUUUCAGUUCCUUUUUCUGAGCUGUAUAUGUAGACACAUUUUCUUUUAGACAUGCCGCAAUAGGCUUACCACUUUUUUCUGGCAAAGAAUGCGGUGGUGAUAACAUAUGGAGCAGGACAUGUGCUCAGUACGAAGGGGCAGAAUGUAACUGGGACAUUAACUGCGACGUCACUCCAAAGCUCCCUUUUAUAACUCUGGAGAAGAAAGUAGUACUGGUUGCAUGAACGUCUCUCGUUACAAUGUUUUUCUCGCUCCCUAUUUUUUCUUUCGUCUGUCACCCUUUCGAUUUUUGCUCAGUGGGUACGUGAGUAAUGCUUUACUGCACAGCACUCUAUCAGCAAGUGCUUUGAAACGAGCUAUGUCCUGAUCGCUUCCUGUCCUUUGCAUUGUCACAUCACAUAUAGGAUGCUAUGCGCAGAGGAUGCCGUUAAUUUGACACACUGUGUCAUAAGCCUGGUCUUUUAACACGCUACAUAACACUACUACGCACUGUAUACGGUCUAUAGCUACAAGUAGGCAUUGGGAUCAUUUUGUGGCCUGCCCAUCAGCUGUGAAUGCAUAUGGUGCCCUUCCAGGAACCACACCACCGCAUAAUUAUAUGAGCCUGUUGCAAAAACAAGUGAAAUCCUCCAAAUCCACAAAAACUUUCAGGCUGCACGUGAGAAGUUGACGAUUCGGUUUUAAACAUGUAAUUUCUUCCUCUCGGAACACAUCUGAAAGUUUCGCAUUCUUGGGCAUGGGUUCUUCAUGGGCACUAUGAAAAUAAAAAUUGAAUUGGAUUGGAUUGAAUAACAUAAAGGCAAUGCAACAGAAAAGGACGAAGCCAACACUGAUGCCUCACAAUGUCCAACUGCAUAUUUUGAUUGAAGAAUGGCAGUGGAUGAAUAUUGAUAUAUCGCUGUAUUGACAUAUUAAUACAUCGUUAGAUGCAAAAAACAUCUCAUGUUUCCAGGGGUCUACCUUGUGCUGUCAGGAAAGAUUUCGCUGUUAAUCCAUGAAAACUUACCCUGCUGUUGCAAACACACGUGAGGCACCUACAUUCUUCAGCUUGAUGCCUACUGUACUGGAGCUAAUGUACGAUGGUAACGGGUAGGAUUUUGAAACGUUAAUCUGCUGUAACGGAUAUUUAUAGUGGCUCCGGCGACUCAGUGGGCAUAUCAGAAGCGAGCCUGUUACAAAACAUUAUUCAUGAUUCCCCCAAACAUUAUGAAACAUUGUUCCCCCAUAUUCCUAGCAGCAUUUGAGGACAUAGCAUAAAAUCCGUAUUACACUAAGUAGACGCAUCAAAGCCUGUGCCCUUGACUACGUUCAGAACGUUAGCUCGGGGAAAUAAUUUUGUGACGCCUCGCACGGUAGACGGGUUACAGUUUAGUUAUUCUCAUGUAAAUUCAAUUUCUGUAGCCGUAGAAAUGUGAGGGAGUGUAGCAUAGGCACCGUAAUACAAUGGUGGUAAACAAAGAUUCCUGUCUACGCUUCAGAGUGAAACAACCUGUGUGCGUCUCUUUGGUGCACUAUUUCUGUGCACUUGCCUCAGAAGAAAAGCGGCGUUUUGAAUAGCAGAUUCAACUCUAUUUUUCCUCUCUUCUAACUUUCCUCUCCUGUAGUAGAUCCCUUCUAUUCUGUCUCUGAAAUCUUUGUGCUGCAAUAGCAUUGUUCACUAGCUGCUUGUCCUGAGUCAUCUUUGCAUGUCGGCUUGCAUAUGUCGCAGGGUAGUGUGCUCUUUUCAUUAUCUCUCUCUCUCUCUCUCUCUCUUAUUCAGUCUGCCUAUCUAUUUAUCUAUUAUCUAUGCUAACCACUGUGGCAGAAUGCUGGGCAUGCCAAGAACGUUGAACAAAAGGGACGGAGUUUGAGCAGUGUUUAUCGUUAAUCUGCCGGGUAACAGUGAAGGAUUGCCGAUAAACUUUAUGGUACCUGUCAUUCUGGUGCAGUGGUAGCAUACUGUCUUGCUGAAUUUUGUGCGGGUACUUCUACGUUGUCAGUGUGCCGUGUCAUUUGAUACUUGCUAUUGGUGCCAAGCUCUGUGAUUGUACCUGCGAGUCUUACUUACCAGACAUCUUGUACGACGUUGGUGUGUUUCUAAUCGAAUGAGUGCGUUUUCAAAGUCGUAACUGCAUGAUAAAAGCUUACUAUUGUAGCCAUGAAAAUAACAUUAUUUGUAGCAUAAUGAAAAGGUACCACACUCUCAUUUCACAGAUUGCUGUAUGAAAAUUGUUCUAAUUAUUUCUUUGUGCUUCUAGUGUUAAGGGGGGUCCCAUGUUGGCUUCACAGCAAUUUGUCUAUUUGAUGUUUGUAUAUUCCUACUUCAGAGUAUUACAAAUUCACCACCUACUGGCAUACGAUUAUCCAGCUUAAGGGAGCACUGGGGGGGCCACUGUUUUUCUUUUUUUGCUGGGAUGUUCAGCAGCAAAUAAAAUGAGCUCCUGCGAAACAGUGAUGAACGCAGCUGACCAGAAGGGUGCGCACGCGAGAGAGGCUUCUGUCAACACCGCCUAGAUAGGGAAAGGCUGCUUACUCGUCGACGUGACGAAACAGCUAAGGGUCGGCCAAUCAGGACCGUGCUUUCAACGGUGGUAGCCAAUCACGAAGGAGCGUUCAGCGGCCGUAGCCAUGGAGACGAACAGUCGUCUGCGAGCAGUGAUUGAACGUCCCCGCGUAUUAAACGGGAAAACUUUAAAAUAAGGCGCAAAAUGGUCACAUAUCUUUCUCGAGACUGAUUUUUCUGGCAAGCGUGCUGCACUUUUUGUCUACAGAUUCAGGUCUACGGGUUCCAAGUUAGCUGCAGUCAUUUGCUAGUUCUUGAAUUCGUAGAACGGCGAAUUGCAGUAGCGGACGAAUUCUGACUUUAUACGUCGACGUAGCCAAGGAGGGAGAGGAGGCAAUAAGCAGGCCUUCUGUAUAUAGGUGGCGUUGCCUCUGUCCUGCAGAACUUUUAAAGAAUCCGCCUCUCUUCAAGGGAAGGAGUGGAGCAGAGCUGUUUAUGGGGAGAGUUUGGCCCUUCUGUAAUAUUUUGCUGCCAAGAGAUGGGGAGCCGUCAUUGCUCCGCCCGCUUCAACGGGGUGACAGGAGAGCCGCGGCGGCACGGGGGAUUUCAAGCAUGAUUUCGAGGCUGUACCUCCGCUCCAAAAUGGCGCAUUGGGAGAUUUCAAGGCGGUAGCUCUGAUCCAAAAUGGUGUCACUGGCCUUGGCGCCUCCUGCUAUGUGACGUCAAAUGACGCACUUUGAGACAGGCUCCUCCCAAUAGCCAAACUCUCCUAAUAGACGGCUCUGGAGGAGAGUACGUCAUGGUGUCACCAAUCUCCGUGGCAGGGCCGACGAUGUGACUCGACGUAGACUAUGAGCAGUGCAUGAGCCAAGACGAAAAAGAAAGGCUUGUGCGAGGGGCUCGUCCCAUGCCAUGCCGUAUGUUUUUCUCACUGUUUUUGUAAAUUUGAUUGUGCCGUCACAAUACGCUGCACAGUGAAAAUAGUUCACAUGGUGACUCCUGACGAAUGAAACGGGAGUUUCGAGUCACGUCAAGUCUCACCCCAUUGCUCCUUUAGGCUACGCAAUUUUGGCAGGUUAUAUAAAAGUAUGCACACGUAACCAACAACGUUCAGCCUCACAUGACAGGGUGACCCGUGUGCAUUGCACAGGGUUCUCAUUUCUUUUGCGUUCACUAUGUGUUGUCCCCCUCCUGUAGGGCGAGAGAGGUAGACUAAGCUUAAUUGACUCAUGAUGACGUUGACAUUAUUCUGACACUUGUUUUUGUUCUUUUCUGUCUUGUGUUUUGCUCUUCCCUACCAUUACCACAAUAACAAUACAAUGUAAGUGACACUCCCUUGUAUAAGUGUUUGUACGUAACAUAGUAGUGGUGAACGUAGCAUGCCGUCUGUGUGCUCAGUUGCCCUUCUCCCUCUGUCCCACCUUCCCGGGAGAGUGCGUCUGCCAGUGUGCCCGACGAUGAGAAUACAGUGGUCUUGUGUGUCAUUUAUCUCUCCCCCUAAACCACGGUGCUACCAGUACGGCUGCGGCUCCGCAGCAUGCUGCUGUUGCCCAGCAAGAUGAGCCUACGUCUCAUUGAACGUUGUACUACCGCCAAACGAAGGAAUAACCUACUUUGAUCUUUUGCGCGAGCCCUGCAAGUGCUUAGCAGUUGGCGCAAAAACUUGACGGAGAUUUUUUUAUUACGAUACAGAAUUUCUCAGAAUUCAAAAGAACAUGGAAGGUAACCUUUGCUAGAUCAACACUUCAUUACUACAACUCUGCCUUGAGUACAGUUUCGUUUUCCUCCUGAAAAUAGCUAUGCAUGUUGCAAGUGAUUUGAAAUGUAGUCACAUGUGCUCGUGCAACUAAUUGACUGAAGUCGUAAGAGUAAAAGGUGCAGGAUUAUGCAGACCAUGUUGAUCACCGUCCAUUUACAUUGCAUAAAUACUUAACCUCUCAUUGAUGCCUGGCAGUUUCACUUUCAUAGCAUCACUGCAAUUGUUGGCUGUAGUAAAGAUGAUAGCAGUAUCCUCAUGGCUAGUAGGGCAUUUUCAGAAUAAAUGGUGAUGCAAGUUUUCACUUCCACGUGGCCAUUAGGCAGACUGUACGUUACCAAAAACGUCAGUUGUCGCAGGUGAACAAUAUCAAAUCGUCUUUAGUGUUUAGAGGGUUCACUUUUUUUUUUUUACCAGCAUUUACUUAUUUUCACGGAAAACAGACUUUUCGCCAGUAGCAUAUGAGUUAUAGUGAUUCAGAAUGUGAGCACUUGAUGCACUUGUGUCUACAUAUGUACACUGAGUUACCAAGUGUACCGGGUUUGCCCAUUUAUGAAACCUCCCACCCCACCCUUUCGUCUUGUCUCUGCAGUAAAGGGGCGCUACAGUGGGGAAAAAAUUAUCCUUGAGGAACGAGAGGUACCGUUACUGUGUCGACAACACAAAAGGAAUUAUAUUAAUCUGUUGCGCCGCUCGUGGUGGACGCGCGAACAAAAGAGCAGUUUGCACCUUUUUCCUCCUCGAGAAUCGUGGCGGUGCGGAGCAGCCUCACGUUGGUCUCCUCCAACGACUUACUCAGUCAUCGCUGGAGAUCAUUUGAGGAUACCAUUGACUCAAUGGGAGAAUCACGUUCCUUUUGUUUUAGUGUCAAAGUAACGGUAUCUUUCAUUCUGCAAGGAGAAUUUUUGCGCUUGGGUGUACACAUACCUAUCCACUUCCAAGCUGUGCACUAACCUUGAUGUGUGCAGUGUGCUGUUUCCGGUAACUUUUCACAUGGGCCCGGUUUCACUAAUCCUGGUUACCUUUGAACUGAGAUCAAGGGUUGCUAAAACUUGAAGUUAACACUCAGUUAUUUUUUUACGAACGUUAUUUGGUGAUGUUAUGAGUGUCUCAGUGACAAAAAACUAACUCCUUUUAGUGAAACAGAGUUAAGUGUUAUAUUGAAGUUAAGGGAACCAUUGACCUCUGUUGUUGUAAGUGUUAAUCUGCGUUGGUGAAACCGGGCCUUUGUGUAUUGCUUGCUGGCUAGUGCUCCUUUGCAUUACGCUUCAUUAUCUCUAGUUAUCAGGCUCUGGCACCAUGUGUUCGAUGUAAGAUUGAUUCUCAACUGUCAGAGGGGCAACUGACAGACCUCUCCUCAUCCUCCGUUGUGGUGCAACCUGUGUCCCCGUGUCUUUUGCGUCUGUCUUUAUGUGUGUGUUUCUUCUUUUUUGUCCCACUGGAU